UUCAAAGACUUCACGCGGUCACGUGACGAGGGUUUAGCACUCUGUUUCUGGAAUCUGUAAGGUUUAAAAUUAUGCUUGAAAUGCCAACAUUCUUUUCUUUAUCGAUUGCUGAUCGCCAACGGACGCCCUGCGACCACUUGGAUAUCAUUUUUUAUCGACGGAGUGGUAGGAAUUCGCGCCUGAAAAUUCCAGCUCUCGGGCUAAACGUCACGUGACCAAUACGCGACUCUGGUCCUUUGGUAAAGAUGGCGAAAGGUGGUUAGAAAACAGCGGAGCGAAGAGGGUAACAGCCCCUGUAAUCGCCGCGAUAAACUGAACACCCGUUGACUGCCAACAGCAGCAGCAACCAACAUCAUACUUUAUUAGUGCACAGCUGAGUGAAGAUAUCUGGUCUGAUGGUUGGAUGAACUGUUAGAUUACCAAGAUGAUGGAUCCUGGACAGGAUUUGCUCUUGGCAGCCCUGAGCGAGAGCGGAAUCUGCCCUAACGACCUGUUUGACUUUGACCCUCAGGAUGCUGCUCUUCCCUCUCCCACCCCACAGUCCAUCUCCAUCAGUGCCCUGGGUGUUGGCUCAGGGAUGGAGGCAAUGGCUCCACCCACACCUGCAGUCUCAAUCAGGCACAAGCCUCAGCCCUCAACCACCACAUUUGUCUUAAAUCAACUGAAUCAGUUGCCAUCACUGGGAACAAUUGUUGUGACCAAGCCCUCAACUGGAGGCACGGCCAGACACACCAUCACAGUCACUAAGGUGGUCCAUACAGCUCCGUCAGCCCUGCGGGGAUCAUCUUCCACACUUACCUACUCCACUGCUCUCCCCUCCCCUGUCUCCACAGUGGUUCCUUCCAACAGAGAGCAGAUUCAGCUGAAGGACCUGUUGAGGACCGGCAGCACCAUGAAGAGCAGUAGUCUGGUGGAACUCAUGAGGCUCAAGCCACCGCCAGACAUCGCCCAGCCGGUCGCCACGGCAACAGCCACAGGCACCAAUAUUAUACUGGUCUCGACAAAGAUGAUCCACAAACCAGCGGAACUGAACAACGGGAUAAAGAAGGAGGUGUCAAGUAAAGAUGUCGCUCGGUUCUGGGUGAACGACGACAUGAAAGUGCGGAGCUUCUCACCUACACUAAAACUCCCAGGAAUGAAGGAGGAGGAGGAGGCUGAGGAAGAGGAGGAUGAAGAGUUGGGUCAUGCUGAGACAUACGCUGAGUACAUGCCCAUGAAAUUGCGGAUUGGGCUGCGUCACCCAGACCCAGUGGUGGAGACCAGCUCCCUGUCCAGUGUGAAGCCUCCAAACGUUUGGUACAGAAUGUCCAUACCAGAGGAGACUGUCGACCGCGGCUGGCUGUCUGCCCUGCAGCUGGAGGCCAUCACAUACGCUGCCCAGCAACAUGAGACAUUCCUCCCUAACGGCGACCGAGCGUCCUAUCUGAUAGGAGACGGGGCCGGAGUGGGCAAGGGCCGGACCAUCGCUGGGAUCAUCUACGAGAACUACCUCCUCGGCAGAAAGAGGUCACUCUGGUUCAGUGUUUCUAAUGACCUGAAGUAUGAUGCGGAGAGGGAUCUGAAAGACAUAGGAGCCAAGAACAUUCAGGUCCAUUCACUAAACAAGUUUAAGUAUGGUAAGAUCUCGUCCAAACACAAUGGCAGUGUGAAGAAGGGGGUGAUCUUCGCUACGUACUCCUCUCUGAUCGGAGAGAGCCAGUCUGGAGGGAAGUACAAGACCCGCUUCAAACAGCUGCUCCACUGGUGUGGAGAGGACUUUGACGGAGUCAUUGUGUAUGACGAGUGUCACAAAGCCAAAAAUGUCUGUCCCAUCGGGUCAUCCAAACCCACCAAGACGGGACUGGCGGUCCUGGAGCUGCAGAACAAACUGCCCAAGGCACGGGUGGUGUACGCUAGCGCCACUGGUGCGUCUGAGCCCCGUAACAUGGCCUACAUGAACCGUCUGGGAAUCUGGGGAGAGGGGACACCUUUCAGAGAGUUCAGCAACUUUAUCCAGGCUGUGGAACGCAGAGGUGUUGGUGCCAUGGAGAUAGUUGCCAUGGAUAUGAAGCUGAGGGGGAUGUACAUUGCCAGGCAGCUGAGCUUCACAGGCGUCACGUUCAAGAUUGAGGAGGUUCCCUUGACAACCCACUACAUCAAGAUGUACAACAAGUCUGUACGCCUGUGGGUGGCUGCGCGGGAGAAGUUCCAGGCGGCUGCUAACCUGAUGGAGGCAGAGCAGCGGAUGAAGAAGUCCAUGUGGGGUCAGUUCUGGUCGGCCCACCAGAGGUUCUUCAAGUACCUCUGCAUCGCCUCCAAGGUCCGCAGGGUGGUGCAGCUUGCCAGGGAGGAGGUCAAAAACGGAAAGUGUGUCGUGAUUGGUCUUCAGUCGACAGGAGAGGCCAGAACACUGGAGGCCCUGGAGGAAGGAGGAGGAGAGCUGAACGACUUUGUUUCCACCGCAAAAGGUGUUCUGCAGUCCUUGAUAGAGAAGCACUUCCCUGCUCCAGACAGACAAAAGCUGUUCAGUCUGCUGGGCAUCGACCUGUCGGCCAAGAAGACGCCAUCGCCCAGCGAGGCCGCCGCAGAGCAAAAGGGCAAGAAGAGGAAAGCAGGUGCUGAGAUAAAGAAACCUGAGAAGCGGAAGAGAAAGUCUGGUGGUCUGUCGGGGAGUAGCUCUGACGACAGCGAAUCGGAGGAGUCUGAUAAGGAUGAUGCGGAGAGUGACGACAGCUUCAAGUCGGUCAGCUCUGGAGAAGAUGAUGAUGACUUCAACCCCUUCAAGGAUGAUUCCAGUGAGGAUGAGGAGGAUGACCCCUGGCUGUCUGGAAAGAGGAAAGAGGUGAAGAAAGGCAAGGAGAAGAUGAAUAAAAAGAAGAAAAAGAAGAAGAGCAUUGACCCAGACUCUAUCCACAGUGCCUUGUUAGCCUCUGGUCUGGGCUCCAUCAGGCCUGCUUUCACCACCCCCAUAGUCAAGACCUCCAGCACACCUGCCAUAGCCAAGGUAGAGGCAGAUGACAGCUGUAUGACCAGUCAGGAUGCUGUGGAAGAUGCUCAGCAGAUGAAGAGAGAUCUGUUGGACCAGCUGGAAAAGCUGGCUCAGGAUCUACCCCCCAACACUCUGGAUGAACUCAUAGACGAGCUGGGAGGACCGGACAAUGUGGCUGAGAUGACGGGCCGUAAAGGUCGGGUGGUCAGUAACGACGACGGCAGCAUCUCUUACGAGUCCCGCUCUGAAUUGGAUGUUCCUGUGGAGAUCCUCAACCUCACAGAGAAACAGAGGUUCAUGGACGGAGAGAAAAACAUAGCCAUCAUCUCGGAGGCAGCUAGCUCCGGUAUCUCCCUGCAGGCUGACCGGCGGGUGAAGAACCAGAGGAGGAGGGUCCACAUGACCCUGGAGCUGCCCUGGAGCGCAGACAGAGCCAUACAGCAGUUUGGGAGGACCCACAGGUCUAACCAGGUGACGGCUCCAGAGUACGUGUUCCUCAUCUCUGAGCUGGCUGGGGAACAGAGGUUUGCCUCCAUUGUGGCCAAGAGACUGGAGAGCCUGGGUGCCCUCACGCAUGGAGACAGAAGAGCAACAGAGACAAGAGAUCUCAGCAGGUUCAACUUCGACAACAAAUAUGGCAGAAAUGCACUGGAGAUCGUGAUGAAGUCUAUUGUCAACCUGGACUCUCCGUUAGUGAAUCCUCCUUCGGACUUCGAAGGGGAUUUCUACAAAGAGAUCCGUCAUGGGUUGAUUGGAGUGGGUCUGAUCAAUGUGGAGGACCAAUCAGGGAUUCUGUCUCUGGACAAAGACUACAACAACAUAGGGAAGUUCCUGAACCGUAUCCUAGGGAUGGCAGUGCAGGAGCAGAACGCUCUGUUCCAGUACUUCUCUGACACUCUGGCAGCUGUCAUACAGAACGCCAAGAAGAACGGACGCUACGACAUGGGCAUCCUGGACCUGGGUUCUGGGGAUGAGAAGGUAAAGAAGAUGGAAGCCAAGAAGUUCCUGACCCCAGGCUACUCCACCUCAGGACAUGUGGAGCUCUACACGGUGAGUGUGGAGAGAGGCAUGUCCUGGGAGGAUGCCACCCACGCCUGGGCCGAGCAGAGUGGACCAGACGAUGGCUUCUAUGUACAGAUAAGGAACAACAAGAAGACGGCCAUCUUGGUGCAGGAGGUGAACAGCAAGAAGAGGCUGUUCCUGGUCUAUAGACCUAACACGGGAAAACAGCUUAAACUGGAAGCCUACGCUGACAUCAAGAAGAAGUGUAAAAAGGUGUUGUCAGAUGAUGCCAAACAGCACUGGAUCGACCAGUACAAGUCUUCAGCUGAGAUCUGCGCUCAUGCUUACUGGCGUGGUAACUGUAAGAAGGCGUCAGUGGGUCUGCAGUGUGAGGUGGGUCUGCGCUGCAGGACGUACUAUGUGCUGUGUGGCUCUGUGCUCAGCGUGUGGACCAAGGUGGAGGGGGUCCUGGCCUCUGUCAGCGGAACCAAUGUCAAGAUGCAAAUCGUCCGCCUCAGGACAGAGGACGGGCAGAGGAUCGUGGGCCUGAUCAUUCCAGCGAACUGCGUCUCUCCUCUGACCAACAUCCUGUCGUCAUCUGACCAGUCACAGCAACUGGCUGUUCAGCAGCAGCAGAAGUGGCAGCAGCUGCACCCUCAGAGCCUCAGCCAUGUACACAACACAUAGCAUGGGUUCAUCACCCAGUCUGACCUGAUGGGCUCCGACCCCAUCUCUGCCUCUAAGCCCUGGGUUCUUGACCCGACCUGAUGGGAUACGACCAUAUUUCUAUCUGGAUCUCCACCUCCGCACUGUGGCACGACAGCAGCAGCACCACCCCCACCCUUCUCCCUAGCUCCUUCUUCGUUCCUCCUGAGGAACCUGAGGUGCUGCGAGCGCUGAGUUGUGGUUCUCCCUGUAGCUUAACCGCGGUGGCAGUGUUAAGAUUUCAGGGUUUAUGUCCAAAGAAGAGACUGUCUCGCUCGAGGAGUUGGCUUGACUACUAUUAUUCCUCUGAGAUUCAGAGCUGAAGAUUUAGAAGAGGCUGUGGUGAUAAAGGGGGGAGAGGACGCAUGUCAGUGGAGAAGAGAGGCAUAAUUAUAACGCCUGACUGUUUUUCUGUUUUCUUUCCUCCCCCUCUAAGCUCUGUGUAAACGUGCCCUGUGCUUUCUGUCGGUGACUUGUUCCUACCACUGCCUUCUGUACUGAAAGCUGGGGUGGGCGUCAUCUAGGUUUUUGUUUUCUACUGGUGACAGGUCAGUGCUCAGGGGUUCGUUAAGCUUUAGUGACCCUUUUUUUGGUUUUUCAAGCAAACUGAUAUUUUCUAAUCUGUUUACCUGAGAUGCAUGACUACACACACAAACCAACUGCUUUCUUGCCUCAUUUUAGUAAUUACUCUCAUGACUCAAGUCUCAGGCAUGACAACUACUCUCAUCGUCGCUGAAUCAUAAAAUGCCACCCUAUUCCCUAGAUAGCGCACUACCUGUACGUUGUGCACCAUAUAGCUAAUAGGGUGUAAUUUCAUUGACUAACAAAAGUGUAUCAAACAUGGGUGUAUCCCGUAAACCUGCAGUUGUUUUUACAACUUGACUAUUAAGAACUGUGACCGUGCAUGGUAUAAAAUACCUGUUUUAUUUUCCUACAUUAAUUCCUCUGCAUUCAAAAGAUUUUCGGGAACGGGUUGUUUUAAUAUGUGGCAUCAGAUUCAACAUCUUGUACUAUCAAACUCUACGGCAAACUACAGCAGAUAACAAUCCUGGAGUGGUAUUAUACAACUGUACUUGGAAGGUCAUAGAUCUUGUUUGUCGAUACAAGCUGUUUAAUACUGCUACAGUAAAAGUUAGUAUUCAACAAAGUUUGCUGAAUUCCAAACCGACCACUUGCUUCUACCUCCUGUAUGUGCUGGUGUGGAUUGGAUAGGUGUAUCCAAUGUGGUAACGAUAGCACCUUGGAGGGUGAGGUGGAUCUCAUUAGCAUAUUCACUCAUAUCUAUCUGAUCCUUUAGAUAUCCAUGAAGUACCUAGGGGUCAGCAGCAUUGGGUUUUUGGGGUUGGGCACUUGUUCCCUCACUGAUUCUGAACAGGAACCUAACCUCCAUUCUCCCCCAGUCAGCAACAUUACUGCUUGGCCUCUAGUAAUUUUACAUCUGAUUUCAGUUUUCCAUCACUUGAGACAUGAUGCACAGGGGGGGCUGAAGACUUUCUAAAAGCUUUUCUUGGUUUAGAGUGCUGUAAGAAGUUAUGAUGGUCAGCCUGUUGAGUUUAGGAUACUCCUUUUGGUAUACCAAUGUGUAUAUUGUCAUAUCUGGAAAUAAGACGUUUUUUGCUUAAAUAGUCGUUUGUUAAACACUUGGACAGUGUUUCAUCCUUGCACGAGUUGCACUUCGGACUGAUUUGUACAAAUAAUCUGUAUUAAAUGAUUUAACUGAGUGCAAGAUUUCUACCUCUUGCAUAUGACCAAUAAAUCCAAGGAGAAAGUUUGAA